UCUUUAUCUAUCUCUGUCUCUGUCUCUCUCUCCCCCCUCUGUUCUCACUGUCUCUCUCUAUCUCCCCUGCAAACCAAAUGAAUCUCUCCCAUGGAGGUAGUACAACCACCUUGGAGACCGAACGACCAGAGGGGUGAUUUUUCCAAGCAAGAGGAGCCCGUCAGCAAGAGACGCAUCGGGUGAAAUCUGAGCUCGCCCCCCCUCCUCCUCCUCCUCCUCCUUUCUCUCCAUCUCCACCGCACCCCCGCCAGUUUGCUUGGCUCGGGUUGAUAUACAGUAGCCUACAUGGGGAUAUAGGGGCUGCUGGAGGAAUCUUGUUGCGCCCCUAUAACUGUCUGCGUUCUACUUCAACUGGGAGGACUGUUUGCGCACGUCUCCAUCAAUGUCUCACCGAUGCUGCCCCGUGUCUCCAGAGGGAGCCGCAUGCAUUACCACCUCAGCUUUGGGUUACUAAAUGGUUUUCUGGGGGAGGAUUUCUAACCGGCGAGAUGCUGCUUGUACUCCUGCUGGCAGCCUUUUCUUCCUCCAUCUCCGGCUCCCUCUCCUCCUCCCUCUCCUCCCCCUCCAUGUCGGACGGACCCCAGAUGGCAGACCCGUCCACUUCGGACUUGAUGGCCGAGACCUGCAGCGCCUGCUCCUGCAUGUCUGUGGAAAACGUACUGUACGCCAACUGCGAAAAGAUCACCGUUUAUCGGCCCACGCAGCUCAUCCCGCCGGCCUCGUCCCUGUACCACUUGAACUUCCAGAACAACUUCUUAAUAAUACUCUACCCAAACUCGUUCCUCAACUUCACCCACGCUGUGUCACUGCAGCUAGGGAACAAUAAACUACAGAACAUCGAAGGUGGAGCGUUCAUGGGGAUGAGCGCGUUGAAGCAGCUGCACCUGAACAAUAAUGAGUUAAAGGUGCUGCGAGCAGACACUUUCCAUGGGAUAGAAAACUUGGAAUACCUUCAAGCUGACUACAACUUGAUAAAAUACAUUGAAAAGGGAGCAUUUAACAAGCUGCACAGGCUAAAAGUGCUCAUCCUGAAUGAUAAUCUCGUACAGGCACUUCCUGACAAUAUAUUUCGCUUUGCCUCACUAACACACCUGGAUAUAAGGGGGAACAGGAUCCAGAAGCUUCCUUAUUUGGGGGUUCUGGAGCAUAUUGGGCGCAUUGUAGAGCUGCAGCUGGACGACAACCCCUGGAACUGUACCUGUGAUUUAGCACCUCUCAAGGCAUGGCUUGAAAACAUGCCCUAUAAUAUUUUUAUCGGCGAGGCCAUAUGUGAAACACCAAUUGACUUGUAUGGCAGGCUCCUGAAAGAAACCAACAAACAGGAGCUUUGUCCCAUGGGAACAGGAAGUGACUUUGAUGUUAGGAUGCCGCCUGCACCACCUGAUAAUGGUCAAUCACCUUCCAAAAUGUCCCCAACCACUGUGGCUUCCUUAGCCACAAAAGCGCCAAAAACCACUGACUCAUCUAAGAUUUAUGGUAAUGGCAUUGUGGCCGGCUUACCCCCUUUUGGAAGAAAUAGCCAGAUUGUUUCAUUUCAGACUCGGAGCCCUCCAUUGACGUGUCCACAGCCCUGCAGCUGUAAAGCCCACCCCUCUGACUUUGGUAUAAGUGUCAGCUGUCAGGAGAGGAAUAUUAAAAAUUUAGGUGAUCUCAUUCCCAAACCCCCAAAUGCCAAGAAACUUCACCUGAGUGGAAAUUACAUCCGCGACAUAAACCCUGUUGAUUUCCAAGGCUUUGAGGGAUUAGAUUUGCUCCAUCUUGGCAGCAAUCAAAUUGUCACAGUCCAGAAAGGUGUGUUUUCUAACCUCACUAACCUGAGGAGACUGUAUUUAAAUGGAAACCAGCUUGAACAGUUACACCCAGAGAUGUUUUUGGGCCUCACAAACUUACAGUACCUAUAUUUGGAAUACAAUGCCAUAAAAGAAAUCUUAGCUGGUACAUUUGACUCCAUGCCGAACCUACAACUCCUGUAUCUCAACAACAAUGUUCUGCGGAGUCUCCCUGCCUACAUGUUUGCGGGCGUGUCUUUAGCCAGGCUGAAUCUGAAAAACAACCACUUCAUGACCCUACCAGUGAGUGGUGUCUUGGACCAGCUGCGAACAUUGACCCAGAUAGACCUAGAAGGGAACCCGUGGGACUGUUCCUGUGAUCUUGUCGCCCUAAAACUCUGGCUAGAGAAGUUAAGUGAUGGAGUGGCUGCCAAAGAGGUGAAAUGUGCCUCCCCUGUGCAGUUCUCCAACAUUGAGCUGCGCCUCUUGAAAAAUGAGAUCCUAUGUCCUAAGCUUGUUGCGAGACCGCCAUUUAUUUUCACAAGCCCCACCCCUGUAUUGACCUCAGUGUCACCUGCUGGAGUUGGCAAAGCACCACAGGGAGGGCCUGUACCUCUCUCCAUCAUGAUCCUCAGCAUCCUCGUAGUGCUUAUCGUGACUGUGUUCGUGGCCUUCUGCCUUCUAGUCUUUGUCCUGAGGCGGAAUAAAAAACCAGUGGGCAGGCAGGAGGGGCUCGGGAAUCAGGAGUGCGGCUCCAUGUCAUUGCAGCUCCGCAGACACGGUCACAAAUCUGGCAAAAAAGGCUCCAUCCCCGGAGACGACUUGGGAGGCGAGACGUUCAUCCCCCAGACUAUCGAGCACAUUGGCAAGAGCCACACCUGCGGGAUCGGACGCUCCUCAGACAUGGACGCUGGGUUCAAGUUCGCAGACUCGCAGAGGCAGAAGAUCAUCCUGCGGAACAGCGCCGACAAGGAUAAAGACUCGCUUUCAACCCUGGAGCGCAACAAACGCCUCAGCACCAUUGACGAACUCGAGGAGUUCCUCCCCCACCGAGAGCCCAGCAUGUUCAUCCAGAACUUCCUGGACAGCAAAAGAGAUUUCAACAGUAUCGGGAUGGGCGGGUACGAGAUCCGCUACCCGGAGAAAACGCUGGAUAAAAAGAUGAAGAAGUCGCUGAUAGGCGGGAACCAUAGUAAGAUCGUGGUGGAGCAGAGAAAAAGUGAGUAUUACGAGUUGAAAGCCAAGCUCCAAGGAACGCCUGAUUACCUGCAAGUGCUCGAGGAGCAGACUGCGCUGAGUAAAAUGUAGGGAUUGUUGUGUUUUAUUUAGUGCAUUGAUUACAUACACAAGGAAGUCAGACACACAUACAGGCAGACAGACUGACAGCCAAACACACCUGCCUUUCUCUGGUUCUUUCUCCCCCUCUGCCCCCCCACACACACACCAUUCAACCCCUCAGAUCUCUCGCUUUUUGUCUUCAUCUCCCUCUCUGCAGCCACACAUGCACACACACACACACACACACACACACACACACACACACACACACACACAUACACACACACACACACACACACACACACACACACACACACACACACGCACACACACUCCCACACACAGCGAAAAAGUGCCUUCUGGAAAUCCUUAAUGACCAAUGCAGAGAUGGACAAAAUGGCUCCACACCACAGAAGCUAUUACUAGAAUCAGUGUGGAUCUAUUACACAGUAAAAGACCUUUUGGAUUAUCCAUGCCACUACAUGUAUGAAUCCCACAUACAUACAACAGGACACCCUAAAAAGCAACCAGACAGUCAUAGUAUUUUUUUUGCUGCUAUUGAAAUGGGUUCUUAUCUUCCUAUAUUUUUGUUGUUCUUGUUGUUCUUUUUCUCCUCCUUUUGUUUUUCUAACCAAAUCAAAGGGUGUUGAAAACAGUGCUUGAGAAUAUACCUUGCCGUCUUCAACCCUCGUUUAACAAAAAGAGAAAAAAGAAAAAUGGAGGGCACGUUGGUUGUUGUUCUUUUGCUCUGGAAAGUAUCCAAAAUCACCGCUUUCUGGGAUGAGAUUUAGAGUUGGUGACUGAAUGGAUGCUACUUUGCUUUUCUUUUUUUUAUUUGCGGGGAUAUCUGUUUGUUCUUGGGGAUUCCCUCUGGAGUCAGCUGCAGACUCUCUCCCACCUUGUCUGGAUUACACACCAGUAGCAGUAUACCUGCUCUUUGCCGGGAGGCUAAACGGCUCCUGUUUAGGCGCUGCAAAACUCUUUUGGGGGAAUGAUUUCAUGACUUGUUCUCUUUGUGUACGGAGCCAUGUUAAAUAUAGUGUCUUCUGAAUGGAGUUGUGUUUCUCUUCAAAAUUGCUACUUGUAUGUUUUGGGUGAAAUCUAAUGGCACAUACACUGUCAGAGGACGUUGUUUCUGAAAAAUGACAAACCCAAGGAUAAAAAAAUUACAAAGCUGCUUGCCAUGUAAGCGUAACCUGGAAUUUAUUUUGUAAGUCUUACAUUAUUUGUAUUUGUGGGACUGGUUUGUAAAUUACAAGGAAGGACAAACAUCUACACACAUACACACACACUCACACACACACACUGUACGACGGAGCAUCAUCAUCAAGAGACUACAAGCCAGAAUUGUUAAAUAAACCGCUAAUAUAAUUCGAUUGGUAAUCCACCUCCCCUUGUCAGCUCUCAAUUCGUAGUAAAAGAAUUUAACAACAUAGUUAAUUUAUUUUUCUAUGCAGGAUUAUUUAAAGAGUUAUUGGUAUUAUUUAAAAAUAAUAAUACACAAAGAGUGGAAAGGACUUGCAUCAGAGCUAAUUCAGGCCAACCAGAAGUGACUGUUGAGUCGAUUCAAGGGUUCUUGUUUCUCUCAGUUCGCUGGAGAACUCGACCCCGCUGUGGACGAGGGUUGUGAAAUGUGAUCUGUGAUGUUUCCUUUUUAUUGUGUCGCACGACAAGCCGAGGCCUGACAGUCUGUGAAGUUUCAAGCAGUUUCCUUAUUCUUAUAUCUCCCACAGUAUCUUGUAAAAGGUUUCUUAUUAACAUUAUGCAACCAAAAUAAAUGUGCAUUAAACUUGAUAUGGUUCUAGAAUUGUUGGGGUAAUGGAGUCAUUUAGCAGGGACGAGGAAAGGCUACAAAUUGAAGCUCUAAAUUGUUCGAUCUGGGCAGAAUCAUAUCAUUAAACCAUGUGCAAUAUUAGUAAAAGAAAAAUGCUCGGUCAUGAUGGCUUCAAAUAAUUUUUUGUUUAAUUUAUUUAGUUUGAGGUUAUAUUGUCAAGACAGGUUCUAUUUCGGAAUUCUUUUUAUCAACUUAACUCUAUCCGGUCCUUAUUUAAAAGGUAUUGUUACGUUAAAAUUAUGAGUGUUUAUUGACAUUACAAAUGAAUAGAAUGUAUCUUGGAAAGUAUAAUAAAUACAAUUUUCUAUCGGUCAUAAAUCUCCUGUAUAUUGGUUAAUUUUCUCUUGUAUAAUCAUGUUGAAAUCAAGGUAUUAAAAUCAGCACCUAUUUGCACUGUGUCCCCCUAUUUCUUUUUAGUUAACAUCCUCUAAGCUGUUCAAGGCUGCUUUAAAGAUUCUUCCUCUGAAACUGCCAACUCCUUUAAUACCCCGCUCUGACUUUUUCACAGAACAAGUUGGAUUGUGUGAUAGCUCAGUGUUGGGCUCACUCCAGCAUCCCGUGACAGAAUGUUGUACUUUGUUUUGUUCGUGUGCAAACACUGGCUACCCUUCAAGCAUCAUUUUUGUUUGCUUAGUGUGUUUGGUUCAAGGAAGCUGGCUUGCUGAAACAAGGAAACGGCUGCUUGUUACACAUCAAGGCCUUGAAACCAUCUUAGGUGUUGAUCUACGUUCCACCAUCUCUGGUUUAAAAUAUAUAUAUAUUUUACCUAAAAUUUAAGCAAAAUGAUCAUGCCAAACUAAACACUUGAAGCUUGAUUUGCGAUGCUCUCGAAAUGUUCCAAAAGUCGCAUUUCAAAGAUGUAAUGUUACCAUUUUUUGUCUGUCUUAAUGUAUCCUCAUCAACCUUUCCUCAGUAUGUUCUUUUUUUGUUUCUCUUUCUGUUUGUUUCUCUGUCCAAACAUCCCAAAUUUGCUCUUACAUUUGAAGCUUUUUUUGGCACAGGCCUUAUUGUUUCGCAGGUAUCAUCGCUCCAUCUGUUUUUAGGCACCUAUCAAACAUUCAUGCCCGUUUCAAUUUAGGGUUAAAAUAAAAUUCAGAUUUCCUAUUUCUGUGUUAAUCCAACCUAUGGGGCUUUUGGGAAACCAAGUAGCAAAAAAGUAUGACUCAUCCAGACGCUAGAGAAUUGUCCUCAUUAAUUAUUAACACUCUUGGCAGUUAUGAACUAAAAAAGGGAUGUGGUGGGAGGGGGGUAUGAAUCUGAUAUGUCCGCCCCCUCCGAAAGCUCUCUCUCUCUUCCCCACCGUAACUCUUUUAUCUGUCAUAUUUCCGAUCAUAUUGCUCCGUAAUAGAGCAGAAAUAUCAUUUGGAUACUUAAAAAAAACACUCAAAUUGGCUGGAAAAGUGUCUUUUGUAGCCCAACAAUUUUUUACUGCAGUGACUUGGCUCCUGUGCAGGGUUCUGUUACUGGAAGCUCCCGGUGUGCUUCUGGGGCUACCAUGGCAUCACUGGAAAAAAUAUUUUAUUUUCACUGUAAUUUUAAGUCACUAAACAUGAGUACAAUGAUAAAUGUACAAAAGAGCCUGAUGGUGGUUUCCCUCUCCUCUCUUAUCAUGUCACCUGCUGGAGAGAUAGUUAUGCCAUUCUGUUGUGACUCCUAACUGUAAAAUCAUCUCUAUCAUUCUUAUCUAAUUGGGGGUUUGCUGGUGAAAUGCAGUGGGAAAUGUUUGUAAAGCUGUGCUGGAAUAGGAGGGUGGUAUGCAUUAUGUAUAUAAUUGGCCACAAGGGGUGCUGUGAACUAAGAACACAGCAGAGAUUGUGACAUGGUGUGACUGGACUGCAGGACGAUUAAUAAUCGUCUGUUGGUUCAAAAAAAAAAAAAAGAGAAGCAUUUACUCUUAAUAAUUCAAUUUUUAGUUCUGUCUUAUUUGCCUCUUUUUAUA